GGCGCGGGGGCGGCAGGGCGGGACGCGAGUAACGUCAGAGAAGCGGAGGGAGCCAUCUUGGAUACUGGCAUCGGGGCCCAGGGGCGGGAGGGCGCCAUCUUGGAGCCGCCUCUGACACAGCAGCGGGGCCUGGCGCCAUCUUGGAACCUGGCAGGUCCCGCGCCGGGGCUGGCGCGGCCAUGUUUUCUUGGGGCGCCGUCCCCAGGGAUGGCCGGAGGAGCGGGAUUGUCUGGGGCGCCACACGGACACCGACCUGCUUGUGUGGGUUCCCCAGGGGCUGCUCCCCUGCAGCCGUGGGCCAGACUUGGGGCUCUGAGUGAACAUGGACUUUCUGUGGUGCUGGGAUCGGGUGGCUUUUUGGUAAAACGGCAAACCAAGAGAAAACGUGGCGCAAAACACUACAGGUUUUGCUGCUGGAAUUGAUGAAAAUGCCACACAGGAGUGUGGCUUCCCCAAAAAUGUGGCGAAAAUAAGAGUGUAGAUACUAUUUUAUUUAUCGAUUUAGUUAAGACUAGCAGUGAUGCUGACAUCUCAAGGGUCAGAAAAAUUAACAAUUUGCCCAGGAAUUUCCAGGAAAUGAGGAGGGGGUUGUGAAGCGGAGUACUGCCUAAUUGUCGCAAAAAUACGGAAUAUGUAAAAAUCUCUUAAGAAAGGAUGUUCUUUGAUGUUUGAUCUUUGUAUACUUUCAAGCCUAAUCAACAAGAAGAGAGAUUUAAUCCGUGAAACCCAGAGCAGCUAACAAGCAAGCUCUAAGUGAUGUCCAGGUGCUAGAAAGACAAAUUGCUUGUGACUAGAAGUACCUUGUUAGGGCUCGACAUGUUUCAAUAACCUCAGACCUCAGGGGAAGUUAGCAAAGCUUGGGGGAGAAGGAUGUACCACUGAUAGUGGACACAAUGCAGAAUUCAUGGGCCACAAGGACAUUUGGCAACACUCCCAAGAUAAGGAAGAAACUAAUAAAGACAACUCGGCGACUGUGCUGAAUCAGCAUGCGCAGGAGCCAGUAGGAAUACAUGGCACCCACACUCAAUGCAGAUACAUGUGUAAGAGGCAGCUCAGCCUCCCUCCUUGCACUGUGCCAGUGUUAAAUUGCUUGUCAGACUGCAGAAUUGAGGUGAAGACAUCAAUGAGAGGUAAACCUUGCAGAAGAACUUAAAGAAAGCCUGUAAAACAGCACAGAAUUACACUUCCCUAGUAUAGUAGCUUAGCCAUCUGUGGUGUAAGGGCUUUGAGGGCCAGGGGUCUAGUGCAUUUCUUAUAAAUAUUUUUAUAGUCUUCUAUGGACUCAUCUAAUUUUUUUAAAACUUAUUUAUACUUCUAGUUACCCGUAUCAUCCCUGGAGUUAUGAAUCUGAUUGUGUAAUAUGAAAAAAUGUAAAUUUUUGUUUUCAAAUAAGAAUUCAUGUCUCUCAUACUGUCACCUGUCUCUUUUUCCUAGGUGAACCAUUCUCAUCUAUUUAGCUUGUCCACCAAAAGAAGCCAUUCCCAGCAAUGGCUGUCUAGUCAUAAUUUUCUUCAUUAUUUUUGAUUCUAUAAUUCUUUUUAAGAUCGGGGACUACUACAGCAUUCAUUGUUCAAGAAGCAAUUACAUUUACCUUUUGGACUGAGUUGUGUGUUGAUAUGAUUUUUCAGAGGACAUCCUGCAGUGACUGCUAAGUUUUUUCUUCGAGUUCUAAUAACUCAUCUGGAGUACAUCCCUCUGUAUAGUUACAGUUGCUUUUCCAAGUUCAGUGAUUCACAAUUAGCAAUACUAAAUUUUACCUACCUCUUUACUGUGCUGUCAUUCAGUGUGCUACAGUCCUCCUAUGGUCCUUCUAGGAUGAGAGAGUGGCAAAGGGCCAGCUGUUGUAAGGCAUGUGAGAAAAAAUUCGCAAGCAGCACCAGGACUCCAGGAAUACACCUCACAUCCAUUUCCAUUGAGACUUAACCAGCAGAGAACAUAACAUUCUUUUGCCUGGUUCAAACAGGCAUCUCUGGACCAAGAAAUUAUAAAGCCCUGCUGAUAAAAGCUAAAGGUUUUAAUUUUUUUUACCUUUUUUUUUUUUUAAGAAUUCAGCAGUGAGGUUGAAAUCUUGAAGUAGAAUAUAUUUAAAAUCAGACUGUGAAAGCAAUGAAGAAUCCAUAUUUUUCCCACACAGAAAUUUUCAAUGAACAAAAAACAAGGAACAGCAGAAAUCUUGGAUGGAACUCCACAAUGUGCAAUCAUGUGAGGUGUGCAAGUAGGGUAAAAUGCACUGUUCAUGCCAAUCUGUAGGUAGCCUCAUAAUAAACCAUGCAAAAGAGUCAUUUGGGCUUUUGCUUUGCCUAUUUAAGAAAAAAUAAGGCAUUGCCCAGGAACCUACUUCAUUGUACCCAACAUUUGGAAUUUUCCUUUUCUGCGCAGAAGGUACAGGGGAAACCAGUCUCACAAAAUUACUCUUUAGAUAACUUAAGAAUUAUGAGGAUUUUUACAAAACAGACCAUAUACUAUUUCAAAUGAUGUUUCUUUCACUGAAAAAACUGACCCAAACACUCAUCCAGUACUGAGACCCUGUUAUUGUGAAGGGCUAUUUUUUGAUUAUGUAGGUUUUAUGUUGAUACCAGUUUUGCCAGGCUUUGUUCCCUACUUGGUGUCCGAAGCUUGUGCUUACCUGAGCUUACUCAACACUGUAAAGAAAUGCCCUGGAGUCAUUCAGUGAAUGUUUUAAAGAGGGAAAUAUGGGGAGUACCAGGGCAACGCCGUGGGUACUUCAUGUUACUGGAGAGUCCCUAAAUGCACAGUUGUGAGGAGGAAAGCAAGUACUUAGCAAGGCCUGGCCACCAGACGACUGCAGUGUGCCUUCUAGAGAUACAGGUGACAGAACUUUGCUCUGUCGUGGUUUCUUUUCCAGACCAAAACCAAAAUACUGAGGCUGAUUCUUGAAUGUCUGGGCUUUGUCAUUUCUGCUAGCAGUCUUGAUUUGCCAAAUUGUGAGGGGAAAUGUCUUGCCCUAGAGAUCUUUUGUUCUUAUCGUCUUGCCUCAUUUUGUGCAAUCAGCAUUUCAGUUAACCACUUCUAACUUUCUGUCAGUCAAGUUCCUUCUUAAAAAAUAGAGUUUAAAUACCCUGAAAUGUAAAAGUCAGAUUAAAAUCCCUUCGACAUGACCAGUCAUGGUUUGCUGAAUAUAAUGUUCUAAGAUGUCUCAAGAUGGGACAGAGGCUGAUCUGGAUUGAUAAGAAUCCUAGAAAAAUGGGAUUAACUAGGUGAAUGUGCUGAUCUGAUAAAACAUGGAAGUUGCUACAAGACAACAGGUCAGACAUUUGACAGUAACAUGGCAGAGUUUGGAAUUAUGAAUUAUAUCAAAUGUCAGUACUAUGCCAACAGGCAAGAUGUCAUUCAGUUGUCUUAUGGAAACUCUAGUAAAGUAUAGGUCUGUGCACAUUAUUCCUUUGCUUUCUAUUAAUGUUUUAUUUAGGCUACUGUUUUAUUUUGACAGUAUCAGGAUAACUUCUUUUGGUUUGACUGUUUAUUUAAAGAGCAGAUGAUAUCUAAAACUUCAAAUAUGAAUCAUUCUAAGCCUUUCCAUCAGGGCGAAAGAACACACUUGGCACACACAUACAGGAAACAACAAGCAGUUCCUAAAAUGUCAUGUGAGUUUCUUUUUUCAGUAACUCCAGGGACAGGACUGAUGGUACUUGCUCCCUGACACACUGAAAUAACUUCACUCAGCUGCAGAAUGCCUCAGCUCCUGGGCAAUAGCAGUUCAGAGGAACAGGCUGCUGUAUAUUAUGCAUCGGUAUCAAUUGUCUCCAUUGCUAUCUUCAUCAUCGUUUUCAUCACAGGUAUCCCAGGCAAUGGAUUGGUAAUCUGGGUAGCUGGUCUGAAAAUGAAAAGGUCUGUGAACACUGUGUGGUUCCUAAACCUUGCUGUGGCUGAUAUCAUGUGCUGCUUGUCCUUGCCAUUUUUCAUUGUUCACCUGGCCCUCCAUGAACACUGGCUGUAUGGUUGGUUCCUCUGCAAAGUCAUUCCAUCAGUCAUAAUCUUCACCAUGUUUGCUAGUGUCUUCCUACUCGUGGCCAUCAGCAUCGACCGGUGCCUCCUUGUCAUGAAACCAGUCUGGUGUCAAAACCAUCGAACAGUGAAAUUUAUAUCGCUAAUAUGCAGUGGCAUUUGGAUCCUGGCCUUCAUUUUCUGCUGUCCUGUCUUCUACUACCGUAAGACAAGCACUUACGAUGGCAAAACUGAGUGUGGGUACAGUUUUGGAGACGAUCAGGUGCUAGAUUAUAUAAAUGAGUCUGUAAAUGAGUCAUGGGAAGAAUACUCACCUCUAGCCUACAAUGGUAACGACUCGUUGGGAAAUACCUACGACGGUGAUUAUUCUGUACCCCUUGCCUUAGUGGUAAUAAACAUCACUAGGGCUGUCUUUGGCUUUGUGCUCCCCAUUGGCAUAAUGGCAGUUUGCUACGUCCUUAUCGUUUUCAGAACUCGCGCAAAUCAGUUUAGCAAACCGCACAACAGGAUGCUGCGAACAAUUGUGCUCGUGGUAGCUGCGUUCUUCACCUGCUGGGCUCCAUACCAUGUAGUUGGGAUUCUCUCCCUUGUACCUAGUCUUAGAACAGGACUGACGGAAUCACUGAUCCUGUGGGAUCACCUUUCUACAGCACUUGCCUAUGCCAACAGCUGCAUCAACCCCCUGCUCUAUGUUUUUGUGGGACGGGACUUCAGGGCAAAGGUACGUCAAUCAGUGCAAGGAAUCUUGGAAGGUGCCUUUAGUGAUGAACUCACAUGUUCAACCCUUCACAGAAGCCAGACUUCAGCAGAGAAGAAUAUUAGCAGCACAGUGUAAUGCAGGACUUCCUCUCACCAUUGCAGAAAGACCAAGCUACGGCCCUGCACAUCAAUCACUGUUUAACAGCUGUUUUUGCUCUAACACGUUUCAUUAGCCUGCAACUCCACACCCAGGACGCUGUAUGGUUCAGAUCAUGACAAGUAACCCCUUUACAUCCUACUCUAGAGAUGGGAAGUUGGAAGUACCAAGAGUGAGGGAAGACUCUGGUGAAGCAGAAGAGAGAGAAUUUUAACCCCUAAAGAAGAAAGCAGGGCUGCAGAAUGCGGUGGGAUCAUGUAGCUGAACCUCUGAAUUGUUAUUUUAUUUCCAUAUGUCUAUGUUCUACAUCUCCUGUCUCUGAUAAACUGCAGAUAAAACUCACUUUGAUGUCUCUCCUCAGAAUGUGAUCACA